AAAUUACUGGAGAUAGUUAUCGAAGAAGACAGCCCAAACGCUUCCGACCACUAGGCACUAGAUAGGCAUUUGCACGUAAAAGUAAAAUAUGAAAUAAAGGAAAGACAUAUGGAUAUGAGAUAGAAAUACGACUUCUUAUCCAGAAGAAGAAACACACGGAGAGAUGGCGACCAUACCAUCAUCGUCUCUGCAACUCUCAAGCACUUUCCCACUCGCCUCAUCCCCGCCCAAGCCCCACGCGCCCAAGCCUUCAAUCUCCUUCACCACCCGAGCCACAGAUCCACAAACACCGCCGUCCGAAUCGGAACCGGAGCCAUCCGAGUCCGGAUCCGAUUCCCAAGCAGACUCCUUCGAGAACCGCCUCACGCAGGUCCGUCUCCGUAACCGUAGCGGGAUCGGGAGGAAAGCGGAGCUCCGAAAGGGCCGAAAGUCCAAGAAGGGCGGGGUCGGGUCGUCCGGUUCGGGAAUGUACCUGCCGCCGGUGCCGCUCAAAAAACCGGUUUCGGGCGGGUUAAAAGUGGAUUUCGGGUUCAGUCCGUACAGCGAGAGGAUAAACGGGCGGAUCGCGAUUCUGGGGCUAUCUGCUUUGCUAUUGGUUGAGCUAGCCACGGGUAAGAGCGUGAUAAAUUAUCACACGCCAUCGAUCGUGCUAAUUCAGAUAUAUUUUGUUGCGGCGGUCGCUGCUUUGUUUGUAAAAUAUGAGAAAGAGAGGGUCAGCGUUUGGCCCCAAUCAUCUUCUUCUGCUAAGGAAUGAGUAUCCAUUUAUGUACAUCAUUGGUGACUCAUUCAAAUUUGUUGAGUGUGUUUUACAUCCCAAUCCUGACAUAAUUUUGAAGAAGAAAGGUCGCGCUUUGUUACGUGUCAUAAAUGAUUUACCCAUAUUGUUUUUCUCAAUAUUUUUCUACAAAUUCAACAUAUCAAUUAUUACAUUUGUGAAGUUUACUAUUAA